AUGGGAGAAUUGUGCGUCGACAUCUGGACCAAGUUCGCAGCCGGACGGACACAGCAAGUGGAGAGUUCGGAAAGUUUGAACUGCCAGCAACCCUUGAUAGGGAUCCUGACAUCCCGAGGACUGAAACCUACUGCCUGCACAGAGCACUACGCCACCGACCGAGGCGUAUCUUCCUCCUCCUCCUCCUCCUCCUCCUCCUCCUCCUCCUCCUUCUACCCCGGCCAGCACUAG